ACUUUACACUCAUUUCUAAAUCUAAUAAAAGCUUCCUUUUACAGCCGACACACACACACACACAUUGUAUACAUACAUACAGUGAUGGUUGUGGUUUAUACAUACAUUCACUCUUUCUGUUGUAUACACACAAUGGUGUUACCUACUGCCUAUAUAUACUCUUCUUAGCUUACACUUUAAUGGUGAUCUUGCUUCUUCUUUAGGCCAAGCUAUUGUCUUUUGUUUUUGUCUAUUUAUUUUGCAUUUUUAGUGGGAGAGAUUGAGAGAGAUUGGGAGAGAUUGGGAGAGAGAUGGAGAGGAAGAGGUGGAGAUUGUUCUUGGAGGCUUUGGUACUUGUGGAGCUGAUAAUCUUUGGUUUUGGACUGGUUCAAGGGACUACUGAUCCGUCUGAUGUCCAAGCGCUUCAGGUUCUAUAUACAUCACUAAACAACCCAUCACAGCUAACUGGUUGGAAAUCAAGUGGCGGUGAUCCAUGUGCAGAAUCAUGGAAGGGAAUAUCCUGCGAAGGGUCUGCUGUUGUUUCUAUUCAAAUCUCUGGGCUAGGACUCAGCGGGUCAAUGGGAUACAUGCUUAAUGGCCUCGUGAAGCUAAGAACUCUAGAUUUGAGUGGGAACAACUUUCAUGAUGCCAUCCCUUACCAAUUACCGCCAAACCUUACAAGCUUCAAUAUUGCGCACAACAACUUGACUGGGAAUCUUCCAUAUUCUAUCGCCACCAUGUUUUCUCUUAAUUACUUGAAUGCUAGCAGCAACUCCCUUGCACAAUCUAUUGGGGAUAUUUUUCUGAAUCUAACUGACCUUUCAACCGUGGAUCUCUCUUCCAAUAAUUUCAGCGGAGAUCUUCCAGCCUCCUUAAAUACCGUGUCUAAUUUAUCUACUCUUCAUUUGCAGAACAACCAGUUAACCGGUUCUCUAAAUGUUCUGACUGGUUUGCCAUUGACUGAUUUAAAUGUUGCAAACAAUCAAUUUAAUGGAUGGAUACCACGAGAGCUCAUUUCUAUCCCAAAUUUUAGAUAUGAUGGUAAUUCAUUUAACAAUGGUCCUGCCCCUCCUCCUCCACCAUACACUCCGCCUCCACCUGGUAGAUCUCAUAAUAAUCGCAGCAAUUCUCCUAGUUCAAAAAAGCCUGGGGAUUCUGGUGGCAGAUCAUCGAAUCCUUCUAAUGGAAACAAGAAAGGGCUAACAGCUGGAGCUAUUAUUGGCAUUGUUGUGGGCUCUCUUCUGGUGCUUCUUUUUGUUGUGCUUGUGUUUGUUUUCUGCGCGAGAAAGGGUAGAAAGAAGGAAAACAGCCUAGCAACUUCUGGUGGGAGGCUUCCUGUAAUUCUUGAAAAAGUGAGCUCUGAGGCUCGUGAACACAGGACAAAAACCACUGCAACUGCAGCAAAUUUGAGCCCCCCUCCAGAAAACUUGGUGGUUGAGAGGAUGCAGGGGAAAAAUGGUUCUGUAAAGAGAGUCAAAUCACCUAUAACUGCUACAUCCUACAGUGUUGCUACCCUACAAACAGCAACAAAUAGCUUCAGUCAAGAUAAUCUUAUCGGUGAAGGUUCUCUUGGUCGCGUUUAUAGAGCAGAGUUUUCCAAUGGGAAGCUGAUGGCCAUUAAGAAGAUUGACAAUGCAGCAUUGUCAUUGCAAGAAGAAGAUAAUUUCCUUGAAGCUGUUUCGAAUAUGUCGCGCCUUAGGCACCCAAACAUUGUUCCAUUGGCAGGAUAUUGUGCAGAACAUGGUCAGCGUCUUCUGGUUCAUGAUUAUAUUGCAAAUGGUAGCUUGCAAGAUUUGUUAUACUUUGCUGAUGAUAGGAGCAAGAUGUUGACAUGGAAUGCACGUAUUAGAGUAGCGCUUGGCACUGCGCGAGGUCUUGAGUACUUGCAUGAAGUAUGUCUUCCUUCUGUUGUUCAUAGAAACUUGAAGUCGGCAAACAUUUUACUUGAUGAAGAACUCAAUCCCCAUUUGUCAGACUGCGGCUUAGCUUCUCUAACUCCGAAUACAGAAAGACAGGUAUCAUCAACUCAAAUGGUUGGUUCAUUUGGAUAUAGUGCUCCUGAAUUUGCCCUAUCUGGAUUAUACACCGUAAAAAGUGAUGUAUAUAGCUUUGGGGUGGUGAUGUUGGAGCUCUUAACAGGUCGCAAGCCAUUAGAUAGUUCAAGGGUGAGAUCAGAACAGUCUUUAGUAAGAUGGGCUACUCCUCAGCUCCAUGAUAUUGACGCCCUGGCGAAAAUGGUUGAUCCCUCACUUAAUGGCAUGUAUGCUGCAAAGUCUUUGUCACGUUUUGCUGACAUCAUUGCUCUCUGUGUUCAGCCUGAACCCGAGUUCCGGCCACCCAUGUCUGAAGUUGUGCAAGCACUGGUCCGGUUAAUGCAAAGGGCUAGUGUAGUUAAAAGGCGAUCAAGUGAGGAUUCAGGUUUCAUAUACAGAACCCCGGACCAUGAGGCAUACGAGAUGUCUUAUUAAGCCAUACCGAUGUCACGGGAGGAUCUGUGCAAUUUUGUACACAAGCAUGCAAGACCAGGAGUGAAACUGCACUUGGAAAAGGUAAAAGUAUCGGCAUCUGAUUGGAAAGAGUUGUACUUAUGCAACCAAUCGGCAUCUGAUUGGAAAGAGUUGUACUUAUGCAACCAAUAACUGAUAUUUAUCCUUUAGUUCCGAUCAUUGUGUAAAUUAGCUGAGGUACAUAAUAAUUUAACUGAAGACAACUUAUUAGAUGCAUUCCCUUUUGUCAAAUUAGUUUUCUAUUUGAAUGAAAAUCCUUGUUAAUAUUA